UUGAUUUUCAAGAACUAUUUGGCGUGUCAUUAGUAUUCAAAGAACUUGAAUUGUUACAAAAAUUAUUGAAAGUAGACAAUAUGUCACUAUCUUAUUCAAAAGGCUUUAUUUAAACGGAUUUAUUUAAACGGCUUUAUUUAAACCGAUUUAUUUAAACGGCUUUGGUUCGUUUGAGUAAGAAUUUUCGACCUGACAAAUGGUUUGUGAAAUUUUAAAAAAUUGUAACAACGCAGCAUGCGUUCCGUCUACCCAUUUUAAUCUUGGUGACCUUACAACACACUGUCUCUUUCUACAAACAAUUGUCAGCAUUUGUUAGCUGGAUUAUUAUUUUCCGUUUUUCUAAUAGAUAAACGCAAUUGUAUUGCUUAUGCCUCUCUUUUUCAAUUCAUGAUUUUUCAAUACGAGUCAUGGAUUUUAAAAUAAUUCAUUCGUUCAAUGACUAAAAAAAAAUAAGUUCAAACCGAGGAGUCUUUAACUUUAUCUUGAAUCCAUGUAUGAACGCAAACAAAAUUUGUUCAAUCGGAUUGUAUAAAUGAAAAUGUGAUACAGCCUAUUUCACACAACGUACCUUUCGGCAGACCACAAAAGUGAUAAAGUGGUUUUUUUAAAUACUAAGAGCCAUCGCUUGUACCUUAAACCAUCUCUUAAACUACUUGUUAGCACAUUGUAAAGAGUCGUUUUUUCCUACAUAUUUUCAAAAUCAAGCGUCUAGUUAACAUGAAUCAAAUAAAGCUAACUGUGGCUUACAAUUUAAUGUAAGGGUUAUUUGUGGUGAAUCGUACUAAACAUUGGGAAGAUUUAAAAAAAAAAAACUAAAGUCACUUAUCCAUUUCAAUGAUGAUAAGGUGGAGAGUUUUGUAAAACAGUUUGUUUGGCGCUGUCAUAUCAAUGCUAACUGUUGAUAAAGUCCAACUUGCUACAAUGGAUCAAUUUCCACAAGUGGGCGUGGGUUCCAAAGAAGGUGUUCUAGCUUUUAAAAUCGAUGCUUUACUACAUCGAAUUCAAGCGGUUAAAGAAAAAGCACUUGAUAUACAUGAUGAGCAGUCUUGCUUCUCGAAUUUAAAGUCCGAUGAAAACGAGCAGAAUUCAAAAGUUCAAACAUCUAGUGAUCAUAAAGAACUUUCUGUACUAGCUUACCAAGAAGAUAAUCGUUUAGAUCAUCUUCUCGACAAUGAACUCAAUAAGCUACGCCGAUUUCAUCCGUUGCAAUUCCCUGUCAGAGAAUGGCAUCGUGCUACGAGUCGUGUUUGGGAUCUCAUCAUAAAAGGAUCACAACAGCCUUUUAUCGCAUCAUACCCCACAACUCAAAAAGGUCUACAACAAACACGGUCUAAAAUUUCCGAGUAUGUAACAACUUUACGUGCAGCAUUACGUGAGAUUCAAUACGAACAACUACGCAUUAUUAAAAAAAUUGUAAGAAAAAAUGAACAGUUAUCUACAUAUGAUUCUUUUUUUAAACAUAAGGCGGAAGUCCCUGAAAAUUUCGAGCUAUUACAAGAGGAAUGUAAAAAAUUAACAAAACUGUUGCAUUUAACAAAAGAGCUGGUUUCUGAGAAAAAUGACGCUCUUGAGGAUGCCAUGUCUAUUAUAAAACAGCUUCAGAGUGUUCAGUCAAGUGAUCAAAAAAAGGAACACGAAAGUCAGCAAGUUUUAACUAUGCAGCAAUGGGAGAACGAGUUUCAUCAAUUAAAAGAAAAUUAUUCACAGAGUCAAAAUCAAUUAAAUGAAGCAUUUGAAGAGAAGAAAUACUUAGUGGAUCGACUUCGAAAUAUGGAAAAAGCCCUUGUUCUUAGUAAAACUCAAUGCUUAGAGUGGCAACAGGAUUCAAGUAAAAAACAUAAAAUUAUUGUAGGUCUCGAGAGUCUUCUUGAAAAAGCAGGCAAAACAUUAGAGGAAUUCGAAAUAUCCGAUAAAGAAAAUAAGCUUUGUAUGAAACGUCUUUCUGAACAAGUUGGAAUGCUCAACCGGCAAAAGGGAACACAUUGUUUAAAACGUAUUCCUGUCCAGUCUAUAUCUGUAAAAAAAAAAAAGGUUCCUUUAACUCAGAGUUUAACAUUCUUGAUUGCUCAACAUCAUACAAUACACUCGAAAAAAGAACGUUCCUUUGUUACUUUGGCAAGCUUAUUUGAAUUAAAAAAAACUUAUACUAGACUAUUAACGUCUCCUAUUUUUGUUCACAUUCCUAAAACCACUUUAAACGUCUCCACUUUAAGCCAAGCACCUAACAUGUUAACAAAAGCAGUUCAAACAUUGACUAAUUCAAAGUAUGAGUCCCGCGUCAAAUUGACUCAAUGCCCAUCGUUAAAAGUGAAUGUGACUUCCUCGUUGCAAUAUCCUAUUUCGCUUUUGAAGACAAUUCAAAAAUCAACACCGAUUCAAAGAGUUCCUAACCAACAGUGUAUAAGAAAUUUUUGUCGAACAACUGUUCAACUUGUUGAACGACCUUCCUAUCCCCUAGUUUUUACUAGACAUUUUUUUUUACAAAUAAUGAUACAAGCAUCUAAAGGUGGUACUAAAGAUUCCGAUAUGUCCCAAACCCAAUCGAAUCCUUUUGACGAUUCUAAAAUAAACCAGGACUUUUUUUUAAGUCAAUCCAUCGGAAUCAUCCAUCCAAAUGGACUCCAUGAUUCCAGUUCUUUUUCAAAGAGAAAUCAUAGCAUCUCAACUUGUGAAUUAAGUGAAGACGUUUCUUGUGUUUCAGGAACGCUUACUUCAAAUUAUUCACCUCUACGUAAUACGUUGCCUUUUCCGCACAUUCGUUUUGUUCAAAAUCCAUCUCCCAGACUAUCCUCUUCUACACCCACAAUAAAAAUAAUGCAAAAUCAAAAGAAUAUACUGUCUGUUCAAGAAAAACGACAAGCGUUCGAGAGACGUUCAACUUGCACAGUUCUUUCUCCGCUAAGUUUUUCACAACAAAAAAAUCCUUUUACAAAACUAAGCAAAAAAGUUAUUGGAAGCUUUUCUGAAUUGUCUUUGUCACCUAAAAGAAGAAAUAAAUUUUCCAAAAUUAUAAAAAAAAAAAAAUCCCAUCCUAUUCGAAAAUCAUGCAGACAUUUAAAAGAACCUUUAUUCUUUAAUCCGCAUUAUGUCCAUAUAAAGCAAAUGUAUUUAAGAAAGUUUAGAAAAUAUUGUGUUUUAAUUCAAAAAUUAACAUUUCAAACACAACAAACCAAAUCGCCUUCACGACGUUAUUUCAAGUUGGAGAAUGAAAAGGUACAACAAAGUAACCAUGGUAUGGUUGUUCGUGAAAAAAGUUGCACAUUUUCGCCAACUCAACUUCAACUACUUUUUCAUACAAAACCAGUUUUGAAUCAAGUGAUUGGUACAAAAACGGAUCGUCUUAAACAAAAAAUAAGUUUAAAAAAACCUGUGCUCAAAAGAAAUUCAGAUAUUCUUAAAGAAAAAAGAAUCAAACUGGAUUCUUCAACAAAAGAUAAUGUGAAAUACAUUUCUACCAUAGGAAAGUUUUUGACCCCUAGCCAAAACUCGCCGUCAACAUUGAUUCGUGUUCAUAAUCAAUUCAGUCAAGUUUUAGUUUUAAACUAUCAACUGAAUCCAUGUUUUACGUCAGCCCAGACUGCCGUCGAUGAUACUUUUUUUAACGAAUAUAAGGAGAAACUGGAAAAAGAGUACAAUGCAAAGUUACACAAACAAUGCGCCUUGCUUGAAAAAGUUGUCAAGAAACGAUCGAAUUUACUUGAGCACCAAUCGAAUCUUGAGAUACAGAAUUGGAAAGAAAAAUAUUCAAAUAGAGAAAAAGAGUGCUAUUUGUUACAAGUAGCGAUUCAAAAGCUUUUACAAAAGAAAGAAUUCAAAAAUUAUACACUUGAACAGCCAUUUCUCUCUAUGAAAACAUUUCUAAGGACGCCACGAGAGAACAACACAUGUGCUUCGCACAAAGCUUAUCAUGAAAAUCCUACAAGCUUUUAUUCUCCAUUAACUUCUCUUCAUUCUUUAAAGCAUAAAGAGUCUGUGGAUACUAUGGAUUGUAUGUCCGCUGUUUUAUCAAUCGAAAGAAACAUUCCAUGUCCCAACAAAAUAUCUGGACUGCAUGACAACAAGCGAAUGUUUGAAAACACUUCUUGUGUUGAACAAGAAAAUAUCAAAAACCAUACUCAUACAACGGAUCAAGAAACAUUUCAACUUUAUGUGCCACAAGUUCUUAAAAAUCCUCUUGAGAUAUCCGCAUUACCGGAAUCAAACAUUUUCUUACCGGAAAAUGUUGCCCUACACCCUGCUGAUACACCAUACCAACGAAUAGCAGGAGAAGAGAUCGAGAAUGAUCUACUACGUAAUUUAUGUCGUGUACGACAAAAUGUAUCCAAAACAUUUUUUGCAAGUCCUAUCCUAAAUUAGCAUCGAGAGAAAUUAUUUAGAGUACAAAGAAAUGUCUAAUAAAAAUUAGGCAGUACCACAAAUCACUUGGUGGAUUGACCUACGCAUCUAUUGAUAUAUAUUAUUUUUCACAUUGACAACCAAUUUACAAUGUUAAAGUAACACUAGACUCCAAGUCUACAUUGUUUUUCCUCUUUCCUUACCUACAGAAAGAACGGUUGAAAAUGAAACUUUAGUUCAUCGCAAUUACAGCGUCAUCCAAUGUAGAUUCUAUGAGUUGAAUCUGCAUAGCAACUCGUUUCGAAGUACUUCGAGUACACCGUAAAAAAAAGCCAUUCAAAAUACACCAAAUCGUUGAGAUUAUCUCCUUGAUAAAGAGUCUUUUUUUACUACUAGUGAUUUCUUAUGUAUAAAAGACUUGUACAUUUCGUCUAGUUAAAACGACAAUAAUUUUUGAUUGUUUUCUAGAAGAAUAUGACUUUGAAAAUUUAUGGUAUUGGAAACAUAAUUAAAGAAAAGUUUGUGUACACCUCGUGACUAACAUUAUUUGAUUCCAGCGUGAAUGAUGAUUUAAUAACACCUGACUCGUGUUAUUCUUCUACGAAUCAACUCGAAUGUCAAUUGAUUAUA